CCGGUGCUGAACAUCUCGUCGCUGCCGGCCUUGCCGCCGAGCGGGCCCAAGCCACGGUCCAAGGUGCUGGAGAUCGUGCUGCCCAUAGCGUCGGCGGCCGUGGUCCUCGCCGUGGGCGCCGCUGCCUACGCCUUGGUGCGGCGGCAUCUCCGGUACUCGGAGGUCGUCGAGGACUGGGAGGCCGACUUCGGGCCGCACCGCUUCUCCUACAAGGACCUGUUCCAGGCGACCAAGGGGUUCGGCGACACCAACCUUCUUGGGGCAGGAGGCUUCGGGAGCGUCUACAAGGGCGUGCUCCGCAAGCCCGCCAUGGAGAUCGCCGUGAAGAGGGUGUCCAACGAGUCGAGGCAGGGGAUGAAGGAGUUCAUCGCCGAGGUCGUGAGCAUGCGUCGGCUGCGCCACCGCAACCUCGUGCAGUUGCUCGGCUAUUGCCGGCGCAAGGGGCAGCUUCUCCUGGUCUACGAUUGCAUGUCAAAUGGUAGCCUGGACAAGUACCUCCACAACGACCCUAGCAAGGGUAGUGGUACACUGGAUUGGCCCCAGAGACUCCACAUCAUCCGGGGAGUGGCUUCGGGGCUGUCAUACCUCCAUGAAGAUUGGGAGCAAAUCGUCAUCCAUCGAGAUGUCAAGGCAAGCAACGUGCUCCUGGAUGACCAGAUGAACGGGAGGUUAGGGGACUUCGGCCUGGCGAGGCUUUACGACCAUGGAUCGGAUGCGAGGACCACACAUGUGGUCGGCACCAUGGGAUACCUAGCCCCUGAACUAGGGCACACCGGCAAGGCAACCCCUUCGACCGACGUCUUCGCCUUCGGGGCAUUCGUUCUGGAGGUCACCUGCGGCCGGAGACCAAUUGAGCAAGACGAGGGGAACAACCGCGUCAUGCUCGUGGAUUGGGUUGCCGAGCAUUGGCGCAAUGGUUCCAUCACUAAGGCAGCCGACACCAGGAUGCUAAUAAACGGCAGGCUUAAUCUUGACGAGGUUUCUCUAGUGCUCAAGCUUGGGCUUCUGUGCUCGCACCCACUCCCCAACAGAAGGCCAACCAUGCGGCAAGUCAUGCAGUACCUCGUCGGCAUACCUCAGUUCGACCAUGCUGGAGUGGAUGCACAGCCCGGAGUUGACCACGAAUGUAAUGUCAUAUGUUUCCUCCACUAUGUAAAAACACCUUAUUAG